ACACACACACGCACACACACACACACGCACACACACACACGCACCACUGCACCCACACGCGCAAAACCACACAACCACACGCCAUGACGAAGAGGAGGCCGUUGUGGAUGGCACCAGUUCGUUUGGCGGCGGCGGUUGCUGCAGCGGGGUUGGCGCUGCUGCUUGUUGCGCCUUGUGACGUCGCCCUCGCUGCUUGCAACAACAUCACGCUGUGCGAGGCAUGCCAGCUGACCAACUGCUCCCCCAACACGACCGAGCCCCUGAAGGUGCAGUGUGCAUCGCAAGGGCUCACCGAGCUGCCGUGCUCCUUGCAGUUUGACGACGGCACCCCAAUUGCCCAGCUCGACUUCUCCAACAACCUUAUCUCCAUGGUCUCCGCUGCCGCGUUCCAGAACGCCGUCAGCCUGCAGCACACGCUCACCGCCCUCAUCUUGGACAAUAAUCCAAUCACCAGCAUCGAGGCCGGUGCCUUCGCCACCCUCACCGCCCUCAACCACCUCAACAUGAGCAGCCUCAAGCUGGCCGGCGCGCUGUCGGGAAACAUGUUCUCCACACUCACGGCACUUCUUACUCUGCAGCUUGACGGCAACCAGCUCGACACACUGCCGGCAAACGCCUUUGACGGCCUCACCAGCCUGCAAUCGCUCAAUCUCGCCAACAACCCCAUCUCCAUUCUCAACGCCGACACCUUCCAGGGCCUCAGUUCCCUGCUCUCCCUCUCCCUUGCAGGCGCACCAAUCAGCACGCUGUCGUCAUCCUCCUUUGCAGGCCUCAGCGCCCUCACCACCCUCAACCUCAACCGCGUGCCCUUGCAAACGCUCAGCGCGCAGACAUUCCAGGGCCUUUCCAGCCUGACCGAGCUCGACCUCAGCAACAAGAAGAUUGCCGCCAUUCCAACGCAGGCGUUUGUCGGCCUCAGCAGCAUCGAGUCCCUCAACUUGCAGGGCAACCCGCUCUCCAAGCUGAGCGAAGGCGCCAUAUCCGACAUGCCCAAGCUGACGUCCCUGGAUCUGAGCAACCUUGCCAUCACCGCCAUCCCUGCACGCUCCUUUGACAACUUGGCAGCCCUGGGCAACAUCACCUUGCAAGGCAACCCCAUCGCCCAGCUGACCAACGCGUCCUUCAGCAGCGUGCCUUCCCUGCACACCCUCGAUCUUUCCCGCUGCAAACUCACAUCUGUCCCCGCUGCCGCCUUCACGGCCGCCACACGCCUGUCGGCGCUCACCCUCGCCCGCAACGCCAUCACCACCAUCGCUGCCAGGGCCCUGCGCGGGCUGUCCAAGCUCACGGCAUUUGACAUCUCCAACAAUCCCUUGCGUGCCCUGCCAGCCUCCAUCUUCCAAGGCCUCACCUCCCUCGCCACCCUCAACCUCGCCCACACCAACUGCACCCUCCUGCCCCCAGCCCUCCUCACACCACUCCAUGCCCUCACCAGCAUCAGCGCGGCCGGCACACCGCUGCGCGCCAUUGCCACGGGCACCUUUGACGGCCUCCCUGCCCUGCAGCACCUCGACCUCAGCAACGCCCGCAUCACCGCCCUGGCACCACACUCCCUCCACAACCUCCCGCGCCUGCACGACCUUGCCCUCGGCGGCAACCCGCUCGCCAACAUCUCCUCGCACGCGCUCGGUGGCGAUCUGUCGUCACUGACCACCCUUGAUCUCUCUGCCCUGCGCAUCGCCGCCAUUGCGCCCCACGCCAUGAGCGGCGCGACCAACCUCACCACCCUGCUCCUCGACCACAACGCCAUCACCGCCCUCGCCGCCGACACCUUCGCCGGCCUUUCCCGCCUCGCCACCCUGCGCAUCACAAGCAACCCGGCCCUGGCCACGCUCGCUGGCGGCGCUUUUGACGGCCUGAGCGCACUCGCCACCCUCGACCUGUCCCGCCUGCCCGUCGCCGAGCUUCCCUCGCAUGUGUUUGCUGGCAUGAGCAGCCUGCAGAGCGUGGUGCUGACCGGUGUGGACCUGCACACGCUGCAGCCAAACGCAUUUGCAAACCUGUCGCACGUCGCUGCCAUCUCCCUCGCCGGCAUGAGUCUCUCCAGUCUGCCGUCCCACGCGUUUGGCGCCCUGCCUGCGCUCACAUCCCUUUCCCUCGACAACAACCCGCUCGCCUCGCUUAACACGGACACGUUUGCGGGACCGCUGCCGCUGCUGACGACGCUGGACCUGAGCAGUCACGGCAUCACCGCCCUGCCACCACGCACCUUCUCUGGCGCCACGGCCGUGCGCUCCCUCAACCUCGCGCACAACGCCAUCACCACCAUCGCCCCGGACGCCUUUCUGGGCCUCUCCAGCGCCACGCAGCUUGUGCUUGCAGGCAACCCCAUUGCGCACGUGAGUGCCGGCUCGUUUGCUGGCCUUGGCGCGCUCACGUCGCUGGACCUGAGCACGUCCGCGCUUACGGGCAUCGUGUCUGGCUCGUUCUCCGGGCUCGCCAACCUGACCACGCUCACCGUCGACACGCCCCACCUGCGCCACCUCUUCCCUGGCUCGUUUACGGGCCUCUCCUCCCUGCAUCACCUCAGCAUCGCCAACACGUGCGUCACCGCCCUGCCCGACGGCGUGCUGUCGCCGCUUGUGCACGUGCGCACGCUGUCGCUGCGGAACAGCAGCCUUGCUGGCGCGGCUGUUAGCACGCUCACCUUUGAUGGGCUGAGCCAGCUGGUUGCCUUGGACCUCAGCAACAACGACAUGACCGCAAUUGGGGACAAAGCGUUCCGCCCCCUCAGCGCCACACGCACCCUCAACCUCUCCAGCAAUGCCCUGGGCAACUUUACGCAAGCCGCAUCGCACGUGUUCAAGGGCAUGAAGGCGCUUCAAGUCCUCGAUUUGUCCAGCAACCCCUUCUCCACGCCGCCCGCCAACCUGGCGUCCCUCUCCUCGCUCCGCAGCGUGUGCAUGGGCGACGUGCCCCUCGACUGCUGCGGGUUGGAGGACCUGCGUGACAGCGGCGUGCUUGAUCUCAACUGCAGCGUCGCUGCCAUGUGUGCAAUGCCCCUGCACCUGCGCGGCGCCAGGCUCAUGGACACAAACGGCACGCUGUGCACGGGUCCACACAAGCACCCGCACAGCAAGGCGUGGUACAGGCAGACGCGCAACAUUGCUGCGCUUGCUGGUGGUGGUGGCCUGGUUGUUGUCGUCGUGGUGUUCCUUGCGUACCGCCACCACCGCAGCACGCGCCGUCGCUAUGCGUUCACCACCUUCGACGACGGCAGCGCCGAUCUGCCUCAUCCACCACCACCAUCGUCAUCAACACCAACAACAUCAUCAUCACGCAUGUCACGGUCGCGUUCGGAGCGCACUCCGCUGCUCCUGUCUGCAUUCGACGACAGCGGGCGAACCAACACGCACACGCACGACACGUCCUCCCCGCGCAGGAGCCGGCGGCGGCGCGGCCGUGAUGAUGACGACGACGAUCUCAACGCACUCUCCAUCCGCAUCACGCAGGCGUAGUCAGGACUGUUUGCGUAUUUGGUUUGUAUUGGAUUGUGUGGGGGUGGGUGUGGAUGUGGGGGCGGUGUGCUUGGUUUUGUUUGUUUGUUUGUUUGUUUGUGUGUGUGUGUGUGUGUGUGUGUGUGUGUGUGU